AAUUAAUGUAUAGCACCAAAUAAAUAUGGCUGAAAGAAAAAGAGACAAACAAGCUUGCUGUAACUAAAAGUCUAAGAGACAGACGUUCCAGUUACGGAAUACAUCACUGUUACUUAAUCGGCUUUAUCAUUUGUGAACUUCAUUUACUAAAAGAGCAUGCAUUUACUUGAAGUGAUCUUGUGGAUUCUAAAUGUUUCUGUUGCAUUAGGUCAACUUAAUGACAACUGCCAGCAUGGAACACUGAGGUUAGUGAAUGGAAGCGCUACCAACAAUGGAAGACUAGAGAUUUGUAUCAACUUUGUAUGGGGAAGUGUAUGUGGCGAUUAUUACUUUCGAUACUAUGGUAAUGCAAGAGUAGCUUGUAGGCAGCUUGGAUAUGAAGUAGAUGGAGGACAAUCUGUAAGUUACUAUGGUAGUGCUUAUUAUGGUCAAAGUACCGGUCCAAUAUGGCUCAACCGCCUGUACUGUACUGGAUCUGAGAAUAACUUGCUGGAUUGUAAUAGAGGUGUAGAUAUUGGUAAUGCUUAUGGUUGCUCACAUUCACGAGAUGUUGGUAUAGUUUGUCCAGCUAAUUCAUGUAGUACUGGAUCAGUGAGACUCACUGAUGGACUAAUAUUAACAGAAGGAACUGUUGAAGUGUGUAAUGAUGGAGCAUGGACUAGUGUCUGUGAUUAUCGCUGGGGAUAUCAAGAAUCAUUUGUAGUGUGUAGACAAUUAGGUCUACCAGCAACAGAUGCACAACCUGUUUAUUAUUCUAAUUCUUUUGGAUAUGGACAUGGAAUACCAACAUUGUACAACUGGAGAUGUUUUGGGAAUGAGUCAAGUUUGAAUGAUUGCUUAAAGUCUACAUCAAGUUGUUACUAUAGUUAUCGUAGUGUGUACAGAAUAUCUGGAGUUAGAUGUAAAGGAAGCAUUGUACCAGGAAAUUGUUCUACUGGUAGUAUGCGUCUUGUUGGUCCUAAUGGUCCUAAUAAAGUGGAAGGGAGAGUAGAGUAUUGCAGUAAUGGAGUGUGGGGUACUGUUAGUAGCUAUGGAUUUGAUGUUAGAGAUGCUCAUGUAGUAUGCAGAAGACUUGGUCAUCAGACACCACGAGCUUUGAUAUUUUGGAAUGCUUACUUUGGUCAAGGAUCUGGUCCAGUUCUGUUUCAUUAUUUAGGAUGCAAUGGGAAUGAAGAUAGAUUAGAACAUUGUACUUACUCUACAAGUUUUUCAGUUAGUCACACAACUGAUGUUAGUGUGAAAUGUUCAGAGAGAGUAUUAACUGACUGCAUUAAUGGUAGUGUUAGAUUGGUUAAUGGUACUACACCAGAUGAAGGAAGAGUGGAAGUUUGCAUCAAUGGAGAAUGGGGAACUGCUUGUGAUCAGUACUGGGAUAGAAGAGAAACUAAAGUUGUUUGUAGACAAUUACAAUACAGCCAAAAUACAGAGGGAUCAAUAUUUAGAAAUUCUGAAUUUGGUGAUGGAGACUAUCAACAAAUUUUAUGGAAAAUUCAGUGUACUGGAUCAGAAACUAACUUGACAUCUUGUAAUAAUUACCAUUAUCGUUAUUGCUACUAUGGACGCACUGUUGGCAUCAAAUGUUACAAUACAAGUAAUUGUACUCAUGGUGAAAUCAAGUUGUAUGGGAGACAGUCUAACGCUGAAGGAGAUUUACAAAUUUGUUUUAAUGGAGUGUGGGUUUUUGUGUGUGAUUCGUGGUGGAUUUCACCAAAUAUUGUGUGUAGACAGCUGGGUUAUCAAGAUACUAACUGGGCUUUAUAUUCAUAUAAUUCAUUGUUUGGUGGAAAUAAGAAUGUUGCUCCAAUCAUGUAUAUUCGAUUCUCAUGCAGUGGGAAUGAGAAUUCACUGAAGAAUUGCUAUGAUCGUCCUUACAAUUAUUACUGUAAUACAGCAAGAGGAUUCACAUGUUCAAGUGUAGUAAAUUGUAGCAAUGGAACAGUUCACUUAACUGAUGGAGGAGGAGAUAAUGAAGGAAGAGUAGAGAUAUGUACUGAUGGCAUAUGGAUGACAAUUGAUCCAGGAUACUGGAAUUAUAAUAAUGCUAAAGUUGUUUGCAGACAAUUAGGAUAUUAUGAUACUUGGUCUGUUGCAAUUACUGAUACUAACUGGAGUGGUAAGAAUGAAAGAGUUGGUUAUAGAUAUGUGUGUACUGGAACUGAGAAUGAAUUGAGUAACUGUUCAAAAUAUUCACCUUCAUCAUAUGCAAAUGAUUGGUUUAAUCAGAAACGAGGUGGAGUAGAUUGUCAAUACAAUGACACUAAAAGACUUUUACAGCAAUCUUAUGGUAAUAUUCAGUAUAGUAAUGAGAAUGGCUUUGUUGGUAUCUUGACAGUGAACACAAUAGACACUACUGUAACUGAAUAUCUCCGUGAACUCAACUGGUAUUAUAAUGGUAAUAAAAUAUCAAAUUCAAGCAAGUACCUCAUUAACAAUGGUAACAAGACACUUGUCAUUAAUAAUAUUACUGAUGAAGACAUUGGAAAAUAUUCUGCAUUCAUAUAA